AUGCGUGCCAUCGGCGGCCUCUUCAAGCGCAAAUGCAGCGACGCCGACGACGCCACGGCACCUAGCGAUAGUGAGGCCUCGCAGCGCCGCACGUCGCGCUGGUCACGCUGGUCCCAUUCGCAUCGCGGGUCGUUGCCCGAAGCGCCGCUAGACGUGGCGGCUGUGGCGGCCCCUGAGACUGCCCCCAUCCAAGAGAACGAUUCAACGAAACAGUCACCCACGGACCCGUCAGACCUGCUGCUCGCCGACUCGAGUGACGAGUCAGGUGCAGAACCUCAACGCGUUUCCUUCCUCUUCUUUGGGGGCAGCGACACUGACAGUACGUUCCAGCCGGAGCUGAGGCCGUCAGAGCUGGACGAUCUCCACCAGAACGAUAUCCGACCGUCGCUGCAGGCCAAGAUGCCGCUCUUCUUCUCGCCGCCCUUGGUGGAGAAUAUGCGUCGCAGUAGCAUCCUGCCCGACCCGAAGGAGUACGAGUUUUAA